GCAGUGAAGAAACUCUCCGAACAAGUAUCUCAGUAGCUGUUUGGAUCGUUCAACAAGACAAAUAUACAGCUAGAGAGCAGAAUCGUAUUACUCCAGCGUCUCAUGCUGGAGAAGCCAGUCUGGGCAUGCGGAUUGCGACAUACCAUUUUCUGUUUGAUGCUGAUUCGUGACAUCAUAUCCUUGUGCAAGCAAACAGGAAAAUGCUUUUGCGUGCUUAAACAGGGGAUUUACCACUUCCUCCUCUGAUACCUUGUACUUUCCGGUGAAGCGAAAGGCAGAACUGUGUUCAGAUCAGCUUUGAUUAUUCUCCGUGGUCUGACAAGACCUAAAAGGAGAACUAAAACGUACUUAUUCGAUAGUCUUGGUUUGACUUAUUUAGGCCUAGUUUAAAGUUUACACAGUCCAGAUCCAAAAAAAUGGGGAGUACAAAUGCCAGUGUCUGUGUGGUCAACGACAACAUGGUGCCCUUCGCCACAGUCUACAUCCUCAUCUUCCUGAUUGGAAUGGCUGCCAGCCUGGUGGCGCUGUGGGCUUUCAUAACCAGCCGAAGUGCUAAAAAGUGCAUUAAUGUUUACCUCAUCAAUCUUCUGACGUCCGACUUCCUCCUCAUGUUGGCGUUACCUGUCAAGAUUGCCAAAGAUCUGGGCAACGAUUCUAAGAGUUUGAUCAUCUUUCACUGCCAAGUGAGUGCGCCGCUCAUCUACAUCAACAUGUACGCGUCUAUCAUCUUUCUAGCUUUCGUUAGCGUGCAGCGCUACCUCCAGAUCACCCGCAGCUCCAAACUGCUGCGACUGCAGGAAGUGGGCUUUGCGGUGCUCAUGUCUUCGGUGGUCUGGUUCCUCGUGCUCUUCAUCAACGUGCCCAACAUGGCCAUUCCUAUCAAAGAAAACAUUGAAGACAAAGUUGGGCUAACAUGUUCGGAUUUAAAAGAGGAUUUGGGCAAGCACUGGCACGCUUUGUCUGUGUUUCUGGGCAUGGCCAUCUUCUUCAACUCCUCGGUAGCGGUGCUGUUGUCCAACGGCCUGGUGCUGAAGCGGCUCUGGGGUCGGCGUGAAUCUGACCCCGAGGAACAGGCUAGUGCCCAACAUGCCUUCAUAAAUAUCGCAUUGGUGACCUUGGCAUACGUGGUGUGCUUCGUGCCAUACCACAUUGUGCGUAUGCCGUACACUUUUACUCAGAUAAAGGUCAUCACCGAAUGCACAUUAAGGAAAAGUCUCUUCCUGGCUAAAGAGUCGACUCUGCUUCUCGUCAUCCUGCACCUGUGCUUUGACCCAGUGCUGUACUUUGUCAUCUGCCGUGCAUUCAGGAAUCAGAUCACGAAGGCCUUCUCAAAGAGAGGCAGCGUUCCAACCGCAGACACAUAGUGAAAAUUCACUUGGAGGAGAGUUAUGGACCAAGUACCAGUGCAAAGUCAUUUGCUGAAUGUCAAUGUAGGGUCAAGAAAGAGAGAAACUGGGGAUCGGUAAUGUAGGAAAAGCAAUAAAUUCAGCAAAGCAGAAGACUGAAAUCUGUGGAGAAGGAUCUUUUGCCAAAAAUGGCCCAAAAUGUCAGCUGAAAUUCUAGUUCAUAAACAUUUUGGAGCAAAAUAUGUACAUAUGUAAACAUAAUCCUUCUAAUAUGUGACCCUGGACCACAAAACCAGUCAUAAGGGUCAAUUUUUCGAAA